CCAUUUGUCUGCUGUCUCUUCUCUUUGGAUGACAGACUUGACAAAAAAAAAAAAAAAAAAGGUGUAGUGUGCUUGACGACGAGGUUCUGCGUGUCUGUAUAGUGCAGGGUUUACCUGAGGAAGGCGGCCUCUGAGGCAUUUACAAGAAUGAGAGAUGAAGCUCGCAAAGAUGGAGUUUACCUGGUUCCUCUUUCUGGGUUUCGAUCGAUUCAAGAGCAGGAGGAGCUUUUCUUCGGGACUAUGUCAUCGAGAAAUCAGGGCCCAAUUGAACGAGCGAAGGUCUCAGCUCCCCCCGGUUACAGCGAACACCACACAGGAUAUGUGCUCGAUAUUGGUGACGGCAGAGCAUCCUACACACAUCUAGAAGAGGGGAAACAGGCAGAGGGUGUAGAAGAGUUAUCAGCACUCUCUACAGCAAGAGAAGCUGAAGUCAUUUGCAGGCCCCUCCAAGGAGGGUGAAUCUAACCAACAGCCUGCUUUUGGAGCUCGAACUGAUGCUGAAUCGAAGGUUGCUGCAGUUGAAAUACUUUACACCGA